AUGUCGACGAAGCACGUUUUUGAUGAUCCUCACGGUCUCGUUGAGAAGGCAUGCCGCGGUGUGGCUUCAACGAACUCCAACUUGCGUUUCUAUGCACCACACAAGGUGCUUUACAAUGCAGCACACCCACGCGACAAGGUGGCCAUCAUUGCUGGUGGUGGUGCUGGCCAUGAGCCAUCCUUUUCGGCCCUCACCGGUGAAGGUCUGGUCACCGUGUCCGUGAGUGGCGAUGUGUUUGCAUCGCCAAGCUCUGCGCAGAUCUGCAGUGGUGUGGAUCUUGCGCCAACGGACAAGGGCAUCGUUGUGCUUGUGUUGAACUACACGGGUGACUGCUUGAACUUUGGUCUUGCGGCUGAGAAGGCUCGCUCUGCAUUUGCCGGCGAAGGGAAGGGCCGCGAGGUCGAAAUGGUCAUCGUUGGUGAUGACGUGUCGGUUGGACGCAGCAAGGGUGGUCUUGUAGGCCGCCGUGGUCUUACCGGCGCAGCAUUCACUGCUAAGGUGAUUGGCGCAGCGGCUGAGAAGGGUGAUGAUGUCAAGAAGGUCGCCGGUCUUGGCCGCUCUAUGGUGAACAACUUUGUGACUGUCGGUUCGUCGUUGGACCACUGUCACGUCCCGGGACGCUCGACCGACCCAGAGGAACGUGGUGCUCUGAGCCAAAGUGCAAUUGAGAUUGGUAUGGGUAUCCACAACGAGACGGGUGCGAAGCACAUUGAGAACAAGCCGUCUGCCGAGGAUCUGAUCAAGGAGAUGCUUGAGAUGCUUCUUCGCGACGAUGACCCAGAGCGCUCGUUCGUUAAGUUCAACAAAGACGAUGAGCCAGUCAUGAUCAUCAACAACCUGGGUGGUAUGAGCUGCUUGGAGCUGUCCGCUAUUGCUGCUGAGGCUCGUGUCCAGCUGGAGCGUGACUGGAACAUGCGUCCGUCGCGCGUGCACAUUGGCACCUAUGUGACUUCUCUGAACGCUCCUGGUUUCAAUAUCUCGCUGCUGAACCACAAGCGUGUGUCACAGGAGUACGGUAGUGAUGUACUUGAGCUCAUUGAUGCCCCUACGGGUGCUACCGGCUGGAUGGGUGCACAGAUUGGCAUGAAGAACAAGGCUGCAUUGCCAACGGCUCAGGAGCAGGAGGAGGAGCCAGCUAAGAUCCUCGAGCAGAAGGCUAAAGAAGGCCACGCUGUGGGUGCCAAGCCAUCAGAGAACAAGGCUGCAUCGGUUGGCCCUAAGAAUGGCGAUGCUGAGCUUGUCAAGAAAGUGAUUGAGAAUGUAUGCAAGUCGGUGAUUGACGUGGAGCCAAUCAUGACCAAGUACGACACGGUCGUCGGCGACGGCGAUGCUGGUGAGACGCUUCGCCAUUGCGCCGAAGGUGUUAUGAAGGCUCUUGAGUCGAACCAGAUUCCCCUUGACCGUGCCACGGCGACCGUCCUGGGCAUAACUGAGGCUCAAGAGUCGAACAUGGGUGGCACGUCAGGUGCGCUUUACGCUAUCUACUUGACCGGUCUUGUGCAGGGUCUGCAAAAGAGCACGAAUGACCCGAAUGAGACAGCUUCCGUCAAGCACUGGGCCUCUGCCGCUGAGCAUGCGCGCGAGAGUCUCAGCAGGUACACGCCUGCACGCCCUGGUGACCGUACCCUGGUUGAUGCCUUGGACCCCUUCUGCCGCACACUCUUGAAGGAGGCUGAGAGCGGCAAGAAUGCCAAGGAUGCUCUGCAGGCCGCUGUCAGUGCCGCGAAGGAGGGCGCCGAAAAGACGCGGGACCUCACCGCUCGUCUUGGCCGUGCAACCUACGUUGGCGAGACGUCUGAAAAAGUGCCAGACCCAGGUGCUUGGGGUAUCUGGGCUCUUGUUGAGGGUAUCCUAAAGAGCAUGUAA